GACGAUCUUCGUGACAAACAUGGCAGCCCACAUGUGAAUGUCAUGCUAUUCCAAUCCAUUACCUGAAUCAGUUCAUUUCAGUUUCAAGACGCCGGUGCUCACAUGCGGAUCAUAUCUUGCGGAAUAGUGCCUUUAUUCCUGUCAGACAGCCGAAAGCCGGGGAGACUAUACAUUUCUGAAUUCUUUAGCUGACUAGCGCUCAUGUUAGCAUAUUAGCUAACCAGCUGACUACUUCCAACGGAAUCGAGAUGGAGCCUGACCAACAGCUGAGAAAUCUGCGGGAUUUUCUUCUGGUUUACAACCGCAUGACUGAAGUCUGCUUUCAGCGAUGCACCAGCAACUUCAACUACAGAAACCUCACGAUGGACGAGGAGCGCUGUGUGGACAGCUGUGCAGGGAAGCUGAUUCGCUCUAACCACCGGCUGAUGAGCACCUACGUGCAGCUGAUGCCCCGGAUGGUGCAGCGCCGGAUGGAGGAGAUGGAGACCAAAGUCAAGGCAGCAGAGGAGGCAGCAGCAGCAGCAGCAGCAACACCCGCAGCUGUUGGGACUGUAACUACAGAGGCUUCGCCAGCACUUCAAACCCCGAUUACCUCAUCUCCACCCCCAGAAGUACUUCCACUUUUAAGUCCCUCAGUGACUGAUGCUGCAGCAGAGGUCCAUGGCUCAGUCUUAAAGCCAGUAGGAUUAGAUAUUCCAGCUGAGCUGGAUGCUGCUGUACCUAAAGCCACAACAGCCAUAGAUGUGAAAUUAUCAGCUGCUGCAGCACUCACACCUACGACUGAAACAGUAAAUCCCUCAGUGCUUAACAACACUGGUAAUGGACCUUUAUAUACAGCAGGAUUUCCUCAGCCGCCCACACCUGCUGCCCAGAUUGAUUCUGGGAGCCCAGCGCCUGUGUUUAUGCCACCUAAACCAACAUCCUUAUCAGAAGAUGUAGCUCUGUCAAGUGUAGCACCUACAGUGUCUAAAUCAGAGAGCUUGUCAAGCCAAGAGAAACCGUCACAGGUUCCCCCGCUGUCAGGCCAGUAAUGAUGGCCAGUCUGAGUCAGUCUUAGUGGUCAAACUGUGAUACGGCCCGACUCCCACCACGAACAGCUGAAAUCUGAUGAGCAACCCAUUCAUGGUAGAUAAUGGAUAGGUGGAUAUAAACUAUAAAAUAAAAUAUCAGAUUUUUAGUUACUAUGAUAUAUAAUGGCAUCAUAACAGAUUACAUUUUGUUGGCUUAAGUCUCUCAAAUGUCAGCAUUUGCUGCUUUUCUCUGUUUUAGUAUUGUAACUGUAUUUUUUACCUACAACAGAAUUGCAACGUCACUAUUGACCAUUAACCUGAGAUGAGGGUUGUAUUUGAGUUGUUUUUUUUGUUUGUUUUUUUACAUUUUUGACACAUCAGUAAAUAAACUGUAAAACAUUAAUUUAUCAUCACAAGUUGCACUUCUGGUGCCCUGUGAUCUACAGAAAACAAGUCGAGCCCUUCUGAAAAAGCGUGGUAGCAGUUAAACAGCAAUUUCUGACACAGUACUGAAAAUAUUUCAUGAUUGUAAAAAUAAAAAAGCUGGCAUUGAAAUCCCAAGUGUAAAAUGUUAUGUCAUUUGGAGAUGAGAGGCACAAACAAAAUGUUGUUUGACUGUGUGUGUGGGCGGGUGGUGGGCAAUAAUGAUUGAAAAGUGAUUUUAGUAAUAUUGCCAGUAAAAGCUCCACAGAGAUCAAUCGCCACUCUGCAGCCCUGGAUUAUGGAGGUCUGAUCACAUAAGCCUGGAGGGCUCAGUCUGAUGAUGACCCAAAAACACAGUGAAACACAGUAAAAGCCAAAAUAAAAUAAUCUUCAAUGACAAAAUGA